AUGAGGAUCUUGAAAUACCUACUCUACAUCUCAGCCUCCUAUUGUUGUUUCGUGGCAGGUGGUGGGUCUUCCGAAAAGGCAUCUGCUGGAAAAGGAAGUGCUGUACAACCUCAUGCAAAAUCUAAUAAUAAUACCGCUGGAAGACACCAGGCUACAUCACAAUCUGAUGUUCAAGGCAUAUCCAAAGGAAAACUUUCAAGGAGGGGAUCUGCAUCACAUGCCAAUGCGCAUCCUCAAGCAGCCCAUACGAACCGUACUCAAAGACAGGGGAAUUUGGAGGGAAGGAAUUCUGCAGGACACAGUACUCACAGCGUGAGAGGGUCCUCUGGACAUAAUGCCCAUGCCUCUGGAACACACAAUAGGCCUGCACAUCACCAGGGACAGCAUCCACACCACAAGAAGAAUGGACAUAGCACUCCAACUCAUAAAGGACGACCCCCAACUGUUGAAGAUGAUGAUUCCUCAUCACUGGAUAGCAAUCUUCCGGACACUACAAAGCAGGAAGAACAUAAGGAUGUUACAGCAUCGUCUGACGUUCCUCCACCAAUUCCAGCCUUAGGAAGAAGAGCUGAAGAACGUAAGAAGGAUAAUUCAGACCUAAAGAUAUCCAUAGCUUCAAUGGGAAGAAACACAAAAGAAAGGAUUACCGUAGAUAUCAAUAGAGAUGAUAAUUCACAUACCAUAAAGAAGUGCCAAACACUGCCUGUAAAGAAUCAAAAGGAUAUGGAUGCGCCACAGUGUGAUUAUUCCUGUGACUCUCAGUCGAACAUUGCCAAGUUUGUGGACGGAGAAGAGGUCAUUUGGGAUGCCGGUGAAACAAACGCCAGAGCAUUCUAUGGUACUCUCGUACUUAAAGAUGGACACAAGUACUUCUCAUUCCGCGUAUCAGAUGGCAAUAGGUACAAACUUGAGACCAAAUAUGCCAGUAAUGCUAGUGGUAAAUGGCAGAUAAUACCAGAAAUCGAGUAUAAUCGCCAAAUAGAAAAUAUCAAGGAUCCGGAAUCCAUACAAGGAACUGUGUUGGACCUUUUGAAUCCAGAUGAAGAAAAGAUUGAGAAGGAAAGAGUUGUCAACAAUGGUUUCCAUGGUAUAAAGUAUAAGGUAAAGACAGGUCAUGACAACAUAACUCGCAUUGUUGAGGGCGAAGCUAAAAAUGAACCUGCAGGUGACUCUCAUGAUAGCCAUAAAAAAGAAGAUAGCUCAGCACCAAAGUCAGAAGCUGAGGGAUCAGCAGGAGCCGCUGCAUUAGUUGCCGGUCAUGAUAUAGAAAGUAUUGAUGAUGAGGACGAAGUAAAAGAAGAUUCAUACAUUUGGAGAGCUGCUGCUGAUGAUCAUUACUGUACUGAAGCCCUUGUAUAUCCUGAAGACAAACCUGUGAAGAUAUUGCUCGUUAAAACCCAUAACCCAGAUGGUAAUGAAGCAACAGUAUACUUCAUUAAAGACAAUGGUAAAUGGAAUUUUGCUAAUCAGAAGGUGUAUCUCGAUGAAAUGAAUAAACUGAGGAACCAGGCAUCAGACAACUGA